AUGGCCUCGGCUGGGAGGAGAGAGCGGCGGCGGAGGAGGCGGGAGGUCGAUGCUCAGGAAAAGGAGGAUUCUGUUAAAACCCCAGACUGUGUGGAAAGACUGGCACGAAAAUACAUGCAGAAGUGCACGGUGGAGUCAAGCACAGAGUCUGAGUCUGAAUGCAGGGCAGAGGUUGUGCCUACCCCACAUGCUGGAGGACCCAAGAAAGCAAAGGAAUCCAGGGGACUACAAUUUUCAGAUCCUUAUGAUGGUGAUUCAGAAGAUGCAUCUGUUCACACUGACUGCUCUAUGAAAGAUGCACCAUGGAUGAACAGUGCCUCACAAGCAGUGCCUCUGGAGGAUGCUGCUACUUCAGAAGAUGAAGAAUCCUUCCCUAAUCCUCCAAAUGUCAGAGAAAUCCAGGCAGUAAACGACUGCGGAGCAGCCCUGGAGCCUCCUGGCCCGGAGCAGGAUCUGUGGCCAUCACCGGAGCCGCCUGCAGGCACAGAAGCCUUUACACCCGACCGCGCCCCACCGAGGGCUGUUAACCCUUCAGCCCCCGCGGAGCUCCCUGCAGCCCCGGCUGGCCCUGCUCCACAGCCCCUGCCCGCAGCUCACUGUGAUGGCACAGUGGCCAAGCAGCCCACGAUUAAAAGAAAACACGGGAUUCCUGCCACAGAGAGUGCUAGUGAAAAACUAAAGAGAAAGAAAUUCCGUGCAACUUAA